GCUAAUCUUCUUCACGAUCAGCGCAGUGUCGAACCUAAUCUCCCGCGCCAUCUUCAGCGCGACGGCCCACUUCGUCGUCCUGAUCAUCCAAGGACUCCGCGUCCCGGGCCAGGCGGCCCAGACCGGUUUGGGCCACAUCGGGGAAGGCCUGAAGUCCGUGGUGGACUACAUCUUCCAGCUCGUCUGGGAAGCGGCCACCUCGGCCGUUUCGGCGGCGUUCGACGCCGUUUUGGAGGCGAUCGUCGGGUCGUUGACGACGACCGGGUCGGCGGUGGGCGGGCUGAUGGAGCAGACCCGGAACUCGCUGGAAGGAUUGCUGAAGGACUUGCCGGAGCUGGGGCAGGAGGUGUCGGAUUUGCUCGCCACUUUGCUGUCGGACGCCUGGGGGAAUUACAAAGACGCUCUUGGUUACGUUGCCGAACACGCGCUGGAUUCGUAGACAACAACAAAAAAAAAAAAAAAAAGUUUGUAACAAUAUACGCUUAUGAAUUCUAG